AUACAGAGUACAGACACAUUACAAUACAACCAACCCCACCCAGCCACCCAGGCAUUUUGUUUUUUCCUUUUUUUUCUUCUUUCAAUUUCAAAUUAAAAAAAUUAAAAGAAGCCAACAAAUUUAAUAAUGACUUCUCAGUAGUAUAAAACUAGCUCCCAACCCUAUCCAAUCCCACCACACUUACUACUAUAGCUUAUCACUCAGUUUGGCAGAGAAGAAGGCAAAUCAAAAAGCAGAGCACCCAGAAAAAAAGAAGAAAGCAGAAAUGGCGGAACACAAGGAAGAAGAUGUGAAGCUGGGAGCAAACAAGUUCAGGGAAACCCAGCCUUUGGGAACAGCUGCUCAAUCCGACAAGGAUUACAAGGAACCACCACCGGCUCCUCUGUUUGAGCCCGGCGAAUUGACCUCAUGGUCUUUCUACAGGGCUGGCAUUGCCGAAUUCAUGGCCACCCUCUUGUUCUUGUAUGUCACCAUCUUGACUGUUAUGGGGGUUAACAGAGCCGGGUCCAAGUGUGCUUCUGUGGGUAUUCAAGGAAUUGCUUGGGCUUUUGGUGGAAUGAUCUUUGCCCUUGUUUACUGUACCGCCGGUAUCUCAGGAGGACACAUUAACCCAGCUGUGACCUUUGGAUUGUUCCUUGCCAGGAAGCUGUCCUUGACCAGGGCUGUGUUCUACAUCAUUAUGCAGUGCCUUGGUGCCAUCUGUGGUGCUGGAAUCGUCAAGGGAUUCAACAAGAGCCAAUAUGAAGCCCACAACGGUGGAGUCAACUUUGUUGCUCACGGAUACACCAAGGGUGAUGGUCUUGGUGCUGAGAUUAUUGGAACUUUUGUCCUUGUCUACACUGUUUUCUCUGCCACUGAUGCCAAGAGAAAUGCCAGAGACUCACAUGUUCCUGUAAGUAUUUUGUCUUCCCUGACUUUUUUUUUUUUUUUUGGUUCAGCUUUCUCUGUUUACAUUAUUGAGCUCUGGUUUUCUCUCUGCAUUAACUGUGAUGGGUCUCUUUCCUAUUGCUCUCUCUAUGGCCUGAAGUCUUUUCCUUGUGAAUUUCCUGGUUUUCUUUUACUGCUCUGGUUUUCUUGCCUGUCAUGGAAAGUUUCUUUAGAAGCUUUUGAAAUUUACUUCCAGAUAAACUGUUUGUUAGCAAUCAUAACAUGAUUUUUUGUAUCUUGAUGGUUUGUUGCCCUUGCGGGUUUAUUGGAUCUUCCCUCAAUAAUUGUGGUAAUUUCUAUUACUGGGAACCAAUAUUUGGGGACUCUGUUUUUUACUCUUCAACCUGGACAUUGUGGAAUGGGGGUAAUACUACUUCUUCAGGGGUGGUCUUGGGAGUUGGGCUGGUUGGUAUAACUUUUGGUCAAGCAAAGUGAUUCCGCACAUGCUAGCAUGUGAAUUGUUGUAACGUAUAAUGGCCUUAGCUUUUUAGCACUUUUGUUGUUUUCCAUGGUAAUCCUCAAAAAUCAGUCCACUUUUUGAUAAUCAUCUGUCUAAUUAUCACUGUAAACCAACCUACUUUUGUUGCUUAGUCUCAGACCACUUUCUGUUGAAGAACUUGCCUUUCUUUUGUAUUCAUCUUCUAAUUAGGAUACCAUGAACCCAUGUGUUGUCCCAAGGAUUACAUUGAAAACAGUAUAUUGUGUUAUCUGCAUUGAUUGGAUUUUUCCUGGAAUUCUUCCUUGGUACUUAUGCAUCUGUGUUGGAUGUUGCAGAUCUUGGCUCCCCUCCCAAUCGGGUUUGCAGUGUUCUUGGUUCACUUGGCCACCAUCCCAGUCACCGGAACCGGCAUCAACCCAGCCAGGAGUCUUGGAGCUUCCAUCAUCUUCAACAAGGACCUUGGAUGGGAUGACCACUGGAUCUUCUGGGUUGGACCAUUCAUUGGAGCUGGGCUUGCUGCAAUUUACCACCAGAUUGUGAUCAGAGCCAUCCCAUUCAAGAGCAGGUCUUAAAGGAGCAAGAAGAAGGGGGGGAAGAAAGAAAGAAAGGGGAACAAGUUUUAAGACCCUUUUGAGAGAUCAUCCUACUCCUCUUCAGCUUCAUUCAGACUUAUCAUCAUCAUCUUCACCAUGUGUUAAAUCUCCAUUUUAAUCUUUUCUUCCUUUUGUUGUUUUUGCCUUUUAAGUUAAAAACCCCUUUACUUUUGUUCAGUAUGUGUUUGUAAAUUAUCCAAGAGUGAUUGCUGUAUUUAUUAUGCUUUGUUCCAACUUUGAAUCAUGAAGUGGAAAGAAUUCUUCUUUUUCUCCUCAAUUUGGCACCCUCUUUCUACAUUAUAUUCCAUUGAUUGAUGCAUAAAAAUGUGGGUAAUUACUAAUUAGCAAGGCUCGAAC